UUGCAUUUUAUUAGUCUUUAAAAUCAGCACAAAGUAAGUUGGUUCCAGAUCUGUUCCUUGCUCUCAUCGUGGUCCUACAACCCUACUUUGCCUCAAAAAGACCUUCCCCUCCAAUUUUUGUUUUGUAAAGGGAACGGUGUGGAUAACAAAAACCCCUUCCCUUUUAUUCACUGUAGUGCGGAUAUUAUCUUUAAAACGAUGGACACCUUUGUUCAGUUGAUAUCACCGCUCAUGCCACAGGCUCAGCCAGUGCAGCAGCAUGACGACGACGACAACAACAACAACAACAACACAUCCACGCAUGCGCAAGAACAAACUGCCAAGUCCGUUUGGAAAAACGUUCUCUUUGUGUUCACCCACGUGGACCUCAGUCAUGCCCAUGGAUACUACACCGUCAACAGUAAAUACCAUGCUCGUAAAAUCGCCUUGAAAUCGAAAAUUUCACGUGCUUUGAAGGAAAAGUACAGUGUGACGGUAGACGUGCCCAUGCUUUGGAUCAGUACCAAGCACGAGACGUGUGCUUCUUUGAAAAAAGACAGCGCCUCCACAGGCGAGUGCGAUUGUGAGUUGCGCUGCAAAUAUCACUCGGAUGCACGACGUAGGUUCUACGAACAAGUCUGGAAAAGAAGAAACGAUCCCUUCAUUAUGGCUACUUAAUGCAUCUGAUAAACCAAAAAAUGACAAAAAGACAAUGCAUAGAACCGGUGUAUUUCAUCAUCCCCCUCUCGUGUUGCUUGAUUUUCCCGUCAAAUGAUGCGUGCAUAAAAUAAUCUGCCUCUUUUUGGUACACUCCUCCAAAGUCGU